UAGGUUGAUCUCAGGCCCAGCCCAACGGCUGGGGCCUCUUACCCCCUGGAUCGCGCCCUGAUCGGGGGCGCCCAACCGAUCCAUGGUUGGUGGGCCCCCGACGCGCUGCGCUAUAUAAACAGGAGUGGGGGCCGCAGGCACGUUUGACGAAGUUCGCCGUGCACACAACCCCACUCGACAAAACCCUAGGCCUUCCGAUCGGCAGUGCGCAGUGGCGUCGGGAAGCACCACCGCGCCGCCUCCGUUCUACUCCUACCCCGUCGUCGGUCAGUGCCGGUGGAGGCCCGAAGGACGACGUGAUCUACAUCGGCGCAGCACCUACACUCACGCCAUGGACGUCUCCGGAUCUGCUCCUUCCGCCAACGACGACCAAGCGCUGAAUGCGAUGCACUUCAUUAGUGCAAUUCCAAAGCUGACGGGACAGAACUAUGUUCUGUGGCGCGAGGAACUUGAUGCUGCUCUAGCACUUGCUGAGAUAGAUUUGGCUCUUCAGGAGCCAAAGCCCACUGAGCCAGAGGAGCCCGAAAGGGCUCAGAAUGAGACCGAUGAAGCUUUUGCUAAUCGGAAGCGAGACUUUGCUCCCAUCAGAGCAAAGUAUGAUCUUGAGAAGUACAAGUGGGAAAAGUCAAACCGCAAGUGCAAGAUUGUCAUCAAGAAAACCAUCACAGAGGGCCUAAGAGGUGCCAUCCCAGAAUGUGAGACAGCAAAAGAAUACCUUGAGAAAGUGAAGAAUCAGUUUACUGGUUCCACCAAAGCCCAUGCUUCCACCCUGAUCCAAAAACUCACUAACAUGAGGUUCACAGGGGGGAGUGUGAGAGAGCACAUUCUGAGCAUGAGCACCAUGGCAGCCAAGUUAGAGAAGCUAAAGAUGCCCCUUGCUGAUGGUUUCCUCAUUCACCUAGCUCUAAACUCACUUCCUAAAGAGUAUGAGACAUUUGUUGUUAACUACAACACACAGCCAGAGGAGUGGGAUUUAGAGAAGGUGAUUGCUAUGUGUGUGCAAGAGGAAGAAAGGCUCAAGAAUGCAAAUGGUGGUUCUGUGAACUUUGUGAAAGGAAAGAACAAGAAGCCAUUCUACAACAAGAAAGCUCCAGAUGCCUCCACCUCCCAGAACAAGGGAGGAAGCACUUCACAGCCUAAAGCACACCCAAAGCAAGACAACCAGCACAGGCAGGAGGACCCGGAUCGCUGUAGAUGGUGUAAUGAGACAGGGCAUUGGAAGCAUGACUGCCCUAAGUUCAUGAAACAUUGCCUAGUGAAAGGGAUUCAGUGGAGGGAGAACCCUUCAAAGAGGAGAAAGACAGAUUAAGGUGGCCACUGGUGUUGAAGCUGAAGUUCAAGCUAUAGGAAAUUUAUCUCUAGAUUUAGCUAGUGGUUUCACCCUUGAGUUGCAUGAUGUUCUUUAUGUUCCCUCUUUAGCUAGAAAUUUAAUUUCAGUUUCAUGUUUGUCAGACUAUGGUUUUGAUUGCCAUUUCAGCAAGAAUGAUUGUAAGCUACAGUUAAAUAAUAAAUGUGUGGGUCUUGCCUUCCGACAAGACAAACUUUAUUUAUUA